AUGCAUUCAACACCCAACAAUCCGCUUCAGUCCUUUUCGCGGAAGGUUUUUCCGGGCCAAGUGUGGUCAUCAAUUUUGUCGGAUUCUGCGAAGACCCGCCUCGCGGCGGUUCGCGUCCGGUUGCGGGACUGGUGUCAAUUCUCGACGGCGAAAAAGCCUUUCCUUGUCGAAAUUCGCGCGCAAAUUGAGUCUUUGAGUCGCCGAGGGCCGAGGGAAAAGAGGCGCGGCUACUCACGAGCUACUCACAACACGCGAGAAGAAAGUUCUCCCGGUGGUCACUUUACGUUUUCCAAGGUAUUUCCACGUCCGCCAACCGGACGUUUUUCUCACCGGGUGCAGCAGGUAUUUCUUGGGGACAAGCCACAGUCACCCGAGUCUCUUCCCCGGAACUUCAGUCGAGUCUGA